AUGUGCCCCGUUAGGCAGCUCCGAGCAGCGCUGGGGAUCCCGGGCGCCGGAGGAGACUCCUGCUCCCUAGAGCUACGCGUCUGCGCGAUCCGCGGCUGCCGCCAGGCGUGCAAAAAAGCCGAGAUCUCCCCGGCGCCCCCUUCCUCGCACCGGUUACUGGAAAGCAGGGGAGGCGGGGCCUGGUUAACUGCGGAGGGUGCGGCCGGUCCCGGGAGUUCAGAUUGGGGUGGCUUUAGAUCAGGGUGGCUUUGGCUUUUACCCUGGAUGCGGGAAGCGAGGACAGGGGAGAGUUUCUUGGAUGAGGGAUCCCGAAGCCAUCCCUUCUCUUUCUCGAAAGAGAAAGGGGACCUUCUCUUUCUCGAAAAGCAAAUCACUUUGCCAGUGCCAGGAAAAAAAAUCAAUCGGGCGGGCGAAAAGACUUUUUCCCCGCCUCCAGUGGCAUCCCUUGCGUUUCGUCUCUUGGGACGGGAAGAGGGCAUUUGUGAAGGUGACUGGCGCUCCAGACUCCUCCUCUCUCUUCCCCGGGAAGUGCACCGCUUUAGUCGCUCCUUUUUGGAGAGUGGGCCUGGGGAGACCGGACGUGAGUCCUUGGCUGGAGGGCGGAAGCCAAAGAAGAUAACGGACGUGCUCCUUUGGAGUUUUUUACCUAGCCUUAAGGAAGAUGGGAGAUGA